AUGUCGGUGGAGGGUCUGCGAAGACCAGUCAUUCUGUCUGUCUCCAUCGCAACCGCCAUAGCAGCCGCCUAUCUGCUAUAUCAAACCUACAAUAAGACUGAAGAGGCGGAAUCCCAGGCCCUGCACCGCAGCAACGCUGUCCGCCGACCCAGACGGCGGCGCGCGCAAGCAGAUCUACAUCGGGCAAGAGAAGGUGAUCAUGGCUCACAGCAUGCUCAAGGACGAAUGCCUCAGGGGUUGAGACCCAUCGUUUUGGCUGACACACGACUUGAAGAGGCUCGUCGUUUGGAGAAUGUAUCCUUUGGUACCUACCAGAACCAUAACCUAUUACUUGGUAGGCUCAUACCAGAAGACAUUUCUCUCGAGCUGAAUCCUACAACUCUCGAGACUUUGUACACCAAUGUCGCCUCACUGGCCCCAGACUUGGCCAGCCACCAAUUACGUUCCCUUAGGCAGCAUGUCGAUGCCAUGUUCGUACGAGAGUUCGUACGAGGUAUCUGGGCAGACGGUGAACAGAUCAGUGUUGCCGAUAGAACAAGCCUGCAGUCGUCAUUGCAAGAGUUUGGACUUGAUCGAGGCCUGGUCAGGACGGUCGUCGAUGGGUUCAACACUGGCCGUCCGUUGUUCUCAGAGGAGUGGGACAGCGAGACACACUAUACCGAUCUCCGACCAGACGACCUGGUGCAAGCCGAUGGCGUGCUUGACGAUCCAAUGUCUCUGGAUGAACCCAACAUCAACCUAGACGAUGAAGACAAUGAGGAACGAGGCCACAACAUGCUCAACCUAUUGUAUCACAUUGCUCAGGAGCAAGCCAAGAGGAACGGCUAUGUGCACCGUGGCGUCGAAUGCAAUGGCUGUGGUGCGUGUCCUAUCUUAGGUGUUCGCUACCAUUGUGCAAAUUGUUUUGAUUACGAUCUUUGCGAAACUUGCGAGGCAAAAGAGGUGCAUAUCCGAACGCACGUUUUUUACAAGGUGCGCAUUCCUGCUCCCUCACGCGGCCAGAUUAAGCAAGUGACGCCAAAGUGGUAUCCUGGCAAUCCAAACGCAUUCCCGCAGAAUCUCCCGAAACCAAUCAUGGACCGACUGAAGAGCGAUACGGGUCUUGACAAUCCCGAAAUACAAGGUCUAUAUGAUCAAUACAAAUGUAUUGCAGGACACGAGCAUCCUACAGAUCCGUCACACCUGGGCAUGGCCAUCGACCGUAAGGCCUUUGACAUGUAUUUUAUUCCAAUUCCUUCCAAUCGCCCAGCUCCAGCGAACCUCAUUUACGACCGUAUCUUCGCUUUCUACGAUGCCAACGACGACGGGUUCAUCGAUUUUAUGGAGUUUAUCAAAGGUAUCACGAAGCUUAACGACAAGUCCCUUGCGGCAAAGUUGAGACGGCUGUUCGAUGGCUAUGACCUUGACGGCGACGGAUACGUAUCCCGGAAAGAUUUCCUUCGAAUGUUUCGAGCGUACUACGACUUGAGUACGCAACUGAAUCGUGAAAUGCUUCACCGCAACGAAGAUAUGGACCUCGAUGAUGAGAUACGCGAGACCAUUCAGGGAAGCCAUCCAAUCAGCGCUGCCUUUGGUGGCAAUCUGCUGUUCGGCCAUUUGUCACGCCCGGGAGAAGAUAAGGACGCCGGCUUCGACGGCGAUCUAGACAUUGUGAAUCCUCCAUACGGAGUUCUUCAAGACGAUUUGGAUAUGACUGGCGACCGGGCGCGAGCGGUGGGUGACGCCGCAACGGGAAAUCGAUCGCGGCACCAUCCAUUUAGGACGUUCAGAUCAGACCCUCCACAAGACGAACAACUUAUGCAUGUUCCACACCAAAGCAAUGUGGAGUUGUUAGGUAUUCAGCACGCGGACGACGCGAGUGAAGAUGAAAUUUCAGGUCCAGACCCUCCUUUUCAGACGUACGGCUGGCCUCCGUUACUGACACCUGAACCCCAAGACAUCAGCAGUGCGCUUGGCGCGGAUAUUCCUAUUGAGGAUAUCACGGAUCCAGUUGAUAGGUCCCGGGUCUUCUUUGCCCAGUCACAACGACUUGACGCCGAGUCCGAUAAUCUUGAUGCGUAUAAGAGGCAGCAAGCUGUGCAUGAUCGUUGGCGGCGACGUCAGUUCUAUGUUGAUGAAGAGGAAGGUAUGAAGAGACCGGUCGGGUAUGCAGAGCCUGAUAGCUCAGAAGACGAGAGUGAUGAUCCGCCUCCUGAAACAAUCGACAGUCCCAGAAGACAGUCGAUGCGCUCACGGUCGUCGUCGAAGGUCAGAUUCGAUGAUAGCGCAAUUGAUACUGAUUAUGAGACACGGUCCAACGCCUCAUCGAGGAGUAUCCCUCAGAAUGAACGCUGGGGAGGUUACGAGCUCUCUAGGCCUACCACAGAUGUUGGCGGAGAUGUGCUCUAUGAGGCCGUUCAGCAGGGCUUUAAUGAGCUCCUUGACUGUCUCUUCAAACCUACGGAAAACUUAGGCCUCGAGGCCCAAAGUACACGGAAUCAACGUGCCCUCUGGAGCGUUGCCCUGGAUGCAUAUGCCAAAGAACGUCGGGAGUUGGAUGAUGAACGCGCCGAAGCGCUGGUUCAAGCCGACAAAAUACGGACCGACGAGCUUCUCAAAGCUGCCUCGGAGGACCCUGAGUUGUUCCAGCUGAGCCUGACUGGCGAAGGCUCAGACUCUCCCAGAGCCAGAGAAGCCGCUUCCCAGAUCCAAGCCCAGAUCAACGAAGCCAUCCAGAAUGUCAAUGCUGCAUCAGCUCUGUCCCGAGACGUCACGCCGGACCCACCUCGCGCACCUGCAUCGACGUCCGAAAAGGAGACAGACUACCACGAUCCCACACUACCGCAGUUCCGCCCCAACGCCAUCGAGAUCGAGCCUCCCCUGCCUGACACUGCCUCAGAACCUCCCCUAUCUCCUCCGACGAGAAGUACCCUCGCCCGCUGGCUUCGCCACCGCCGCAUUGACGAGGAGUCCGAAACACGCGGCGGUAGUGGCCGGCUCUCGUUCAUCGAGUUCCGAAAAUUGAUCGAAGCCCAGGUCAAGAAGGAGCGAUCCGACGCCAAAGGCAAGCCUGUGAAUGGCGGCGUGAAAGAGACGGAGCGCAUCGUUGGUGCUAGCGCCCAGGGCGAUGACUUAGAUCCCGAGUACUGGGAGAAGAGCGCGGACCUGGGCAGGCUCGCGUUCUUGUGUACGUGGUUGGAAAUGGCGAGCUUCUGA